GGAGAACAGUCGCACCCCCUAAGCAAUCUCCAAUUAGCUGGGUCGAAGCUGUCGGCAAAUCCCAUGAAACAGCAAACGUUUCAGAAGAGACUCGAAACGUUUUGUUGGCGGCCUGGAGACAAAACACCAGUAGUGCCUAUGCCUCUGCCUGGAGUAAGUGGGUUAGCUGGUGUGAUCAACGAAAAAUUAAUCCACUUUCAACAUCUAUAGAAUCUAUCCUAGAGUUUCUUACAGGACAAUAUAAGGAGGGCAAAGCAUAUAGAUCAAUUAAUGUUUAUCGCUCUGCCUUAUCUGCAGUGUUACCACUUAUUGAUUCCUGGAAAGUUGGCUCUCAUCCACUAGUUUCCCAACUAUUGAGGGGGAUAUUUAAUUUACGACCUCCUCAACCAAAAUACUCGCACACAUGGAAAGUCUCUCAGCUGUUGGGCUACAUAAAACCCCUUGGGCCUAAUGAAAAUUUAAGCCUAAAAAAUUUGUCUUUCAAAUUGGUAACACUAUUGGGUCUGACAGCACCAGAUAGAUCGUCUGACCUAGCUAAACGAGAUUUGAGGUGGCGUAUUUUUCAUCCUGAAGGAGUAUCGUUUUCACUCUCUGGUUUGUCAAAGACCUCUAAACCAGGAGAUUCACCAAAAACUAGUUUUCAUGCAACAUUUAAGGAAGAUAAGGAUUUAUGUCCAGUGGAAUGUUUAAAGUUUUAUGAAAUUAAAACUAAAGAAUUUCGAUCUGGUGAUGAGCAUAACAAACUGUUUUUGUCUCACAUUCUUCCUCAUAAUCCUGUAUCUUCAUCAACUUUAGCUAGAUGGAUAAAGUCGUUGUUGCAAUUAGCAGGCAUAGAUACAUCUAUUUUUACUGCGCACUCAUUAAGAGGAGCUGCUACAACAGAGGCAUUAAAUCAGGGUGUUUCAAUCACAGAUAUUUUAGGGAUGGCAGAUUGGUCUCAGGAGAGUACGUUUGCACGAUUUUAUUAUAAGCCUCGAUUUGAUGUCUCACCGGGUAAUGCAGUGUUAUCAGCUUGCCAUUCUUGAUAUUUACAUUUUAGAACUUUGAAUAUGCAUUGUUAAAUUGAGUCGAGUAUCUCGAAAUAUAAUUGUAGAUUAUGCAAGUCUGUUUUAACAGAUGCAGUAUAAUAUUAAUUAUAUGAGAGAUAUGAGACGAGAUUUAACAAUGCAUUCCCGCCUCGUAUAGUUAAUCCCUCCCUAUGCAUUGUUAAAUGUUUUAUAGGUCGUUCACAAAAAGACGAACGCAGGGCGCAGGUCAGUGGUGAUGUGAGGAUGGACUGAGAACGUUAUUUUGUUAUGGUUAUAGUUGAUAUACUUUAAAUUCACUGUAAAUACGUUAAAAAGGAGUGAAUAAUAAAGAUAAUGCAUUGUUAAAUCUCGUCUCAUAUCUCUCAUAUAAUUAAUAUUAUACUGCAUCUGUUAAAACAGACUUGCAUAAUCUACAAUUACAGCGUAAUAUCGUAGUAUAAACUUUGAUAAUAUUGUCAAACACACAGUGUAUAGUAGCAUAAUAUCGUAGUAUAAACUCGUUGAUAAUAUUGUCACACAUACAGCGUAGUAUCGUAGGCCCCUAGGCCUAGUGGCUAUAGUAUAAACUUUGAUAAUAUUGUCAAACAUACAGCGUAGUAUCGUAGGCCCCUCCUAGUAUAAAGUUUGAUAAUAUUGUCAAACAUACAGCGUACUAGUAGCGUCAGUAGUAUCGUAGUAUAAACUCGUUGAUAAUAUUGUCAAACAUACAGGACAUACAGCGUAGUAGCGUAGUAUAAACUUUGAUAAUAUCACAACUUACAAGUUUGAGUGACGAGUACACUUUACGUUCACGGAGCAUUUUUAUCAACAAUCACGCCUCACGGCUGUAGAACAAAUCACAUUUCACGACACUAAAAUCAAGCAUUUAACCGAUUUCACGCGAACAAAUAUUCACCAUUCACGGCUCACCGCGAAAAUACCCUUUCCCACCCUCUACAUACGAUCGCAAUUUUCCUGUUCACUAUGGCAAAAUGUAUAUACUUACGUAACUACUUUUCUGAAAAAAACAGAAGUACCAGACAGUAAUACUGGCGUACCUCCGGUACGUAAAUACGCGAAUUAUCGUAUCCAGUUUACUGAAACGUGUUUUACUACAGUAGGUGUUAAAUAUGGUGGACAACUCCCCCAAGGAAUGACAGUUAUACACUCUAAAAACACUCUGGUUAAAUUUGGGUUAAUUCAACCAGUACGGGGUUAAAAAUCCACCAACACAAGUCUGGUUAAAAAAAAUUAACCAUUUUCCUGGUUAAAAGUCCAAAAAAGUGUACCAAAUUUUUGUUGAAUUGAUAAUUUUUAACCAGGAAAUGGGUUAAAUUUAACCAGAAUGUGUUGGGUGGAUUAUUAACCCAAUUCCUGGUUGAAUUUAACCAGAGUGUUUUUAGAGUGUAGGUGUGACUAAACAGUGGCAAAUACCUAUAAUGGAACCAUUUAGCGUCUUUUGUUAGCUUAGGACCAUAGGAAACGCUUACUGCCUCAGUGUGGAUAUACACUCAGAGUAACAUCAGAAGCAUCAUAUACACCUGAGUACAAUUACACCAAUACAGAGAAAUCAUGAUUAUUAGAUUACAUUGAUAUCGAAGGAACUAGAUUCGGUUCCGAAAUAUCACAUACUCGAAACGACCUGACCGCGUAGCUCAGUUGGCAGAGCAUUGGGCAAGUAUUCCAAAGGUCGUAGGUUCGAUUCCCACCGUGGCCAGGCAUAUUUUUCAAGCUUGCCUGGUGUGGGUAUACACUCAGAGUAACAUCACAAGCAUAAUAAAACAAUGUAUUUAUAAUAAAAGACACUUACCUAAGCGCCCACUACUGGACGAAGAACUGCUGGAGUCGUCAUCGCUUGAGGAUUCUUUCGCCAACAACGCUAUGAAAACAAUGCACAGUAUCAACAAUAUCCCAGCAACAACCAGUAAAAUCUUUUCCUUUUGAGUAUGGAUUGCAAAUUUUGAUCUUUCAGAAGAUACAGUUAGUAUAUUUUCUUGUGAACUGUGUUGAGACGGUUUCAUAUUUUCCAUCGGGUGGGCUUCAUUGAAAUGAGCCAUGAUAAAGUUUUAGAAUCCCGUUUUUCCAAAUGGUUAGCUACCCUGUUGCACCGCUGUUUAAAAUAAGAUCCUUGUCUCCUGGUGGGCCAGCCAAAGAGAGUUCAACUCGCUGGAGCGUAUCCUGUAUAAUCCUUUCAGAGCUGAAACUUAAUCCGACAGGAAAGAUCGUUAAAAUUAAACUUGGAUCGAAAAAGACUGGACCGUACAAGUUUGGAUCUGGACGCCCAAAAUCCUGGAAAUAGGCCGUUUGCUGUGACCUCGAAAAGUGCCUAGAAAACGAUUUUCAUUAAGCAUGUCUUGGAACUGAAAUAUUUUUAUGGGAACUAACAUUUUCGAACACGCUGAUUUCAAAUCCGAAAACUUCCCGCACCGUAGACCCGCAGUUUUCUCACAAACUGCUAUUUUAUCUUCGCUAAUUUCACAACAAAUUUUUUCAUUGUUCAACGACACGGAUGGAUGAAGACACACGAUUGCAUAACUCAAAAUGACCAAUUCCUAUGAACCAGUCUCUACAUUGAACAAAAGAUCGGUUUUGCUCGAAUUAUUUUGAGUUAUGUAAUUUUAAGCGUGUUGGACGUAAACAACAUAUCUUGUCUACAACUUUGGGAAGGUACCGAUAUCGCUUUGUAAAAUCCUCAGUUCUGGCUGUGUCUCGAUAAAAUCACAAGGACGUGUCAAGAAGAUUUGUUUAGAAUAGUGUGCGAGCUACCUUAAGUAGGGCCCAGGCCCAACCGAGAGAACACGUGUUUACGAAGAACUUUAUACGAAAGCGAUUUUACUCGAACUUUAGUUUAUAUUUUAGGUUUUUAAAACUUUUUAUGUUUUGUUUGUUAAUGUUUGAUAUUAAAAUACGAUAAAUAUAACAUGGCGCCCAACGUGGGGCAGAAUUUCAUCGAAAAAUGACCGAAAUCAAAGAGAAAUUAACGCGAAUACGAGCCAUACGAGGGAAUUAUUACAAAGUUAAUCAAUGAAGCCGAAGGACUUUUGAAAGAAGAAAUCUUGGAACGAGGACGAUUGAAUACGAUAAACGGGUUACUCGAAGAAAAGCUUAGAUUUGUAAAGGAAUUGGACGAGAAAAUAAUCGAAAUUUGCGAAGUUGUAGACAUAGCAAACGAAAUCGACGAAGCAGAGGAGUUAGUAUCGAGAGUUUUAGACACUCAACGACAUAUAUUCGAGAAAACGCAGGAGGUCGAAGAAGUUUAUAAGGAAGUACAAAGCAAGAGCUCGGAUAAUGUGCCUGCGAAUACUACGAACGAGGAACCGGCAGUGGAACAACAACCCAGCGAAGAAACUGUCCUGGACACUUCAGCUAGUACUAGCAAUAGUCAAUCUGUGUCACCAAGUCAACCCGAGUCAACUGAAUCUGCAGGUACAGUGUAUAAUGAACAAAAUUCUAACAUUAACAACAAUAAUGUGCCUGUGUUAACCCAAAACCGAUCAAAAUUACGAAAGCUUGUAUUACCGAAAUUUCGUGGCGAUGUCACUCAGUGGAGAACCUUCUGGGAUAGUUUUAAUAGUGCCAUACAUACCAACAGCUAUUUAACGAAGAUAGACAAAUUUAAUCAUUUAAAUUCAUUAUUGGAGGGACAGGCUUUACGGGCUAACCCUAACUGAGAGCAACUAUCAGUCAGCUAUCGAUAUUUUAAAUCAACGUUUUGGUAAAACCCAGCACAUUAUUUCUACGCAUAUGGAUGAACUCCUUAAAAUUCCAGCAUGUACCACAGAUAAGAUCUCACAACUACGAUUCGAUGAUUAUAAAAUUAGCAUCAAUGUCCGGGGGUUAGAAGCUCUGGGGGUCAACUCAAGCCAAUACGGCAGCCUCUUAAUACCGGUUGUCAUGUCAAAAUUGCCACAAGAUGUUCGACUUCAGAUAGCUAGAAAUACUGCACAAGAUGUGUGGGAAAUGUCAGAACUGUUAAGUGUUAUUCGAAAGGAAAUCGAAGCUCGAGAGAUAAGUGACGGAAUAAAAGUGACUCCUGAAAAACCCAAGGCAGCACAGCCUAAACCACCGCCCCAUGGUUCUGCUGCUGCAUUGGUAGCUAAUGGCCAACCCUCUGGAAAUAAAAUUCAAUGUGUGUAUUGUUCUGGCCAUCAUUUUUCUGCCUCUUGCACAACGACAAACGAAGUGCAUGUUCGACUAGAAAUCCUAAAACGAGAUCGAAGAUGUUUUGUUUGCCUCAAAAGGGGACAUCGAAGUAAUCAGUGUUUAAAUCAAAGGGGUUGUAGACGGUGUAAUGGUAGACAUCAUCAAUCCAUCUGCAAUCAACAAAUUCCGACAUUGAAACCUGAUGCACACGAGCCAGCAGCCGCAACAAAGAGAAACGAAGGUGUUCAUGGUUCCCAAACCUUGCAACAAUUCCAAAAUCGAACUGAAACCCCAGACUCUAAUGCCCACACAGUUCAUGUACAGAGUUGA